AUGGCGGCCCCGGCAAACAAGACUAUGAAGGACCUAAGCGGGAAGUGGUUUAUGAACAAAACCCUCUCGGAUGACCCAGACCCAGGCCUGGCCCUGCAGGGAAUCGGCUGGUUUAUCCGAAAGGGCAUCGGCAUGGCGUCGGUGACGCUGCACGUCAAGAUGUACGAAGGGCCUCCUAACCCGCCGUCGACCUCGACGGACCCGGUCAUGCACAUCGACAUUGUGCAGACGGCGACGGGUGGCGUCAAGGGUACGACCGAGAUCCGGUGCGUCGACGGUGUGGCCCGCGAGCACACCGACUGGCUCUUUGGCACCGUCCGCGGCCGCACCACCUGGAUCGCGGCCGCCGACAUUGACGACGAGCACCUCCGCAGCAACUGGCUCGAGGGCGACGAGGAAAAGGCUGGCCCCAACGGCGAGACCCACAUCAGGAGCCUGGCCGAGAGCGUCGGCAAUGGCUGGACUGCGGUCCAGAUCUGGGGCUUCCAGAUGAUCAACGGCGAGAGGAGGUAUGCGAGGAACGUGGUCAUCUCAAAGGGCAACGACAAGGUCGAGUUGAGGCUCGUCUACGACUAUCUGGGCGAGAAUGAUGAUGCGUAG